GCUCCGCUGCUGCCUUCUUCCCUCCCAUUUUCUCUCGUAACUUUUUUUUUUUCCUUUCCCCUCACUCCCUCCCUCCUUCUCCCUCCCAGCAAAGUGACCGCGGCGGCGGCAGCCCCGGAGCAGCCCCAGAGCCGGACGCCGCCAUGAGGCCCCCGGUGCCGCCGUCGGGCCGCGCGGCCGGGGGCUGAGCCCGGGCGCGAGGGACACCUCGAGGACCGUCCCGCUCCACGCCGCGGCGGCUGGGGCAGGAGGAAACCCUCCGGAGCCCAGGACCCCCGGCCGCCCCCCGGGGCAGCGUCCACCGCGAUGUCGGCGCAGAGCCUGCUGAGCAGCGUCUUCUCCUGCUCCUCCCCGGCCGCCGCCGCCGCCCCCGCCGCCGCCAAGAGCCUCUCCAAGCGGAGGCUCCGCCAGACGCGCAGCCUCGACCCCGCCAUCAUCGGCGGCGGCCGCGAAGACGGCGAGGGCGCGGGCCGGUCUCCGCGGGCGCGGGCGGCCGGCAGCCCCGCGGGGGAACGCUGCGGCCCUCGGGGAGCCCCGCCGCACCUCGGCGCCUCCUUCUCCACGCCCUGCACCCCGCUGGAGCGAUCGCCGCCGGGCAGCGCACUCUUCGACGAGGAGAACCUCCGCGGGAAGCGGAGCUCCGGCUGCGAACUGCCCUUCCUGGCCCGCGCCCCCUCGGCUUCGGCGCUGAGCGGACCCGCCGGCCCCGUCAACAGCAUCUUCUCCUCGCCCCGGCGUUGGCUGCAGCAGAGGAAGGGGCAGCCCUCGCCACCCGGGCCUCGCCCCGCCGCCUACGUCGUGUGGAAAUCCGAGGGUGAUUUCACUUGGAACAGCAUGUCAGGGCGCAGUGUUCGGCUGAAGUCAGUUCCCGUUCAAAGCCUCUCGGAGCUGGAGCGUGCUCGACUGCAGGAAGUGGCUUUUUAUCAGUUGCAGCAGGACUGUGACCUGGGCUGUCAGAUUACUAUCCCCAAAGAUGGACAAAAGAGGAAGAAAUCAUUAAGAAAGAAACUGGACUCAUUGGGAAAGGAGAAGAACAAAGACAAAGAAUUUAUUCCCCAGGCUUUUGGAAUGCCCUUGUCCCAAGUGAUUGCUAAUGACCGGGCCUAUAAGCUCAAGCAAGAUACUCAGAGAGAAGAGCAAAAAGAUGUUUCAGAUUUUGUGGCCUUUCUCUUGCCAUUCGGAACUAAAAGGCAGAACAAAGAACUUUCAAGCAGUAACUCAUCUCUCAGCUCAACCUCAGAAACACCGAACGAAUCCACUUCUCCUAACACACCUGAGCCAGCACCACGAGCAAGGAGGCGUGGCGCGAUGUCUGUGGACUCUAUUACAGAUCUUGAUGACAAUCAGUCACGAUUGUUAGAGGCUCUCCAGCUUUCUUUGCCAGCAGAAGCCCAGAGCAAGAAAGAAAAGGCAAGAGAUAAGAAACUAAGCCUGAACCCUAUUUACAGACAGGUUCCCCGGCUUGUGGAUAGUUGCUGCCAGCACUUGGAAAAGCAUGGUCUCCAGACAGUAGGAAUAUUCAGAGUUGGAAGCUCAAAAAAGAGAGUAAGACAGUUACGUGAAGAGUUUGACCGGGGCAUAGAUGUUGUAUUAGACGAAGAGCACAGCAUUCAUGAUGUUGCUGCUUUGUUAAAGGAAUUUCUGCGUGACAUGCCUGACCCACUUCUCACCAGAGAACUUUAUACACCUUUCAUCAACACUCUCUUAUUAGAGCCAGAUGAACAGCUAAGCACCUUACAGCUCCUUAUUUAUCUUCUACCUCCCUGUAACUGCGAUACCCUACACCGGCUGCUGCAGUUCCUCUCCACAGUGGCUGGCCAUGCAGAAGAUACCACAGACAAGGAUGGCCAAGAGAUCACUGGGAAUAAAAUGACAUCACUUAACUUGGCUACCAUCUUUGGCCCCAACUUGUUGCACAAGCAGAAAUCUACAGACAAAGAGUUCUCAGUUCAGAGCUCAGCUCGAGCUGAAGAGAGCACUGCUAUCAUAGCUGUUGUACAAAAGAUGAUUGAAAACUAUGAAGCCCUUUUCAUGGUUUCCCCAGACCUACAGAAUGAAGUGCUUAUUAGCCUAUUAGAGACUGACCCAGAUGUUGUGGACUAUUUGUUGAGGAGGAAAGCUUCCCAGUCAUCGAGCCCUGAGAUGCUGCGGUCAGAAGGUUCCUACUCCACAGGAGGAAGACAUUCUUCCACAGACUCUAACAAAGCUUCAAGUGGAGAUGUGUCCCCUUAUGACAACAACUCCCCGGUGCUGUCUGAGCGCUCACUGAUGGCAAUGCAAGAAGAAGUUGCCCGCAGCCCAGACAAGCUGUACAAGGUACCUGAACAGUACACGCUGGUUGGACAUUUACAGCCUAAGAUAAAGGAAAAUUCUUCUGCAUCACAAACGGAAAAAGAUGUUUCUGAAGAUCAUUUUGAUAUCUGGGGCACCUGGCAUUCAACGCUGAAAAGUGGCUGCAAAGAUCCAGCAAUAACAGGUUCUCACGGGAACAUUUACGAGAGCAGCUUGCUGCGGCCUGGACAGUGCUCUCUUUCCCAGGGCAACCUCGCCGCAUAUUCUCCUCGGUGGCAGGGCAGCUCCUCUGAGCUGGACGCCAGCAAACAUGUCAUGCGCAGGAGCCAGACGACCGCUGCCAUUCCUGAGUGUCAGCUCCACCCCACGGUCUCUCGGGUCUGCAGUAACCCCCAAAUCGAAGUCAGCAGUAGGAGUUCGGGCCUGUCGCACUCAGAGUCGGAGCAGCAGUUGACUUUAAGCAGUGUGGAAGACCUGAGUGAGCGUGACUCGAACGUGGGUUGUUUGCAGGGCCUAGCCAAGCCCUCCUACAGAAAAGAGCGCCCUCCACCCCCCUACCCGGGCCCAACAAAAACGAGCUCUGCGUUGUCACAGCGAUCCAGCGUUUCUUCGACGUUGCACUCUUUGUGGAGAUUUCAACGCCAAGAAAAAAGUUCAGGGACCAGGGCAGCUGGAGGACCGCCAGCCAGAGCCCCAGAGCAGGCCACCUCCAGGCAGGAGCGGCCAGCCCCCCGCACCCAAGCAGGUCACAUCUAUUCCACGGCACCUCAAAGUCAGAACAGUAAAAACGUUUCAGAGGCGGACUGGCAUGAUUGGCAAAGGGAGAGGUGGCAAAUUUGGGAGCUAUUGUCAGCUGAUAACCCCGACGCUCUCCCAGAAACCCUUGUAUGAUCGGACUCCACGGAACUGCCUCUGUACCCGUGCCUCCGUCUCAUAGGAAAACAACGGUGACAUUGGAAAACGGGGAGGGCUCGUUUGUUUGUUUUGUACUGACUGAAUUCCGUAUCCUUUUGUUUUUUUUAAAAAACUUUGUUCACUUUCAUUUCUUACCAGUGCUGUCAAGCAGUUCCAUUUACAAAUCCAGUAUGUCCCUGUUUUUCAGCGAGCUUUUGAGAAAAAAAGCCAAGAUGAAAAUUUUAGUCUAAUAACUCUGCAUUGCAUACGCUGUGUAUAAAGAAAACCCGUUGCUUUGAUGUCGCUAAAAAGGUAUUUAUAUCUCUGCAGUUUUGAUGACUGUAUAUUCUGUAAUGGGUAUUGUAUGAUAAUCAUCUAUUAUGUUUUCAUAUACAGAUGUCGAUCAGUUGUGACUGCUUGUUUUAAAAAAAUCACUGCACUUAACAUUACCGUGGUAUGCAUUGGAAUUCUAUAGAAAGUGCACAAGCUGGUUUCUGUGCUUAUAUAAAAAAACCUCCCAACCUGUUAAAGGGGAAGUUGUCCUUUUUUUCACUGCCUAUUGAAAAAACACUAAAAUAGAGUGGAACGUGAAAAGCCAUAUAUUUUAUAAGGGUAGUAGUGAAGUUAGAGGGGAAAAUACCAAAUAUUGUUUUUUUCUUAUAAAUAUAUUUGCAAACAAAAUUAAAAUUUGAUACAAGAUUGUAAAAGUAUUUUUUUUAGAUUCUGGUAGAAAGCAGCUCAGAGAAUCAACUUAAGAGCAAGGCCGUGCCUAAACCAACUGAGGAUAUAGUGCAAAAGUCUGCCCUCCCGUUCUAGAGGAAGACCUAUGUUAUGUAUACAGGAUAUAAUAUAUAUAUUUAUAAGUGUAUGAUUUUAUGUAUUGUUCUAAACCAAUAAACUGGAAUCCAAAUUUUUAGAAAACCAAAACAAAUAAAUUGAGGUGUGUAACAGCUGAGAAAGAAUAUGGCUUUUCCUUUGGAAUAACAAAAGCAUCAUCACUAUAGAGGAAGAAAAAAAUAGAAUGCAGACAGACUGUACCGAAGGGAGACACGCAGAGUUUCAGAAGUGAACGUGACAUAUGGAGAAGUUCACAGCUGCAUUUCUAUAAAUAUUUUGCCAAAGUCUGGGUCAAUAGUACUUCAGUGACUGUGUUGCGUCCUUAAAGUGUUGCUGUUUUAUACGUUUUCUGGUAUUUUUGAAUUGCAAUACUGUUUAUGGCCAGCGGGUGGCAAUGUACUUCAGUAUUCUAGAGCAAAUUCUUUUUAUCACUUGGUAAGGGAAAGUGUAUCAUAUCAAAAGAAUUUUAUAAAACAUACUAGUCUUAAUUUUAAUGAAUUGAAGACUUAGUCAGCGAUGUUGUCUUUAAGUUCUACCUUGUGCCAUAAUGACGGAAUAAAAAGCUAAGCAAAAUUUUGAGCAUAUUUUUUGCUCCUUUUUUUUGAAGUCAGGUUUAUCAAAAGACUGCUGUGUGUUUAUUACAUUCUUGAGUGUCUGUCAAAACAUCUAAAAGGCUUAGGAGCUUAAGGACUGCUUUCAAAUACAACUUAAAUAUACAAGAUCCAAAAUUUUACUUGAGCUUUAGGCUUAAAAAUCCACCAAAUAAAGAGUCUGUCCAUCAUAUCUCCAUUUCCCAAGUCAAGUUGUAGGAUAAAAGCACUAGCUCUCAUAGAAAGGGGCAAGAUUUGGCCUUUGACCGCUGUAGGACUGUCAGGCUGGUCAGUUUUUUUUAUGAAUACUGCAUUCAGAAUAAAUCUCAGCUCCUUUUGAUGGUGGCAAGGCUUUUCCAAAUGCUGCCAUUAUAUGAGACUUGAUAGGAAAAGGGUCUUGCAUGUAGCUUGUUGCAGCUGCUGUGUGUCAAUUUAUUAUCAAAAAAAACCCCACCUCAAAUUAAGACGACAGUGGAACAUAAUGAAGGACAAAAACGAGCUCUCCCAAGCAAUCCUCACUAUUUGAUCUUGUCUCAGUAUUAUCCCAGGCUUCAUAUGAAUUGGCUACAGCGAAUUAAAGCUCCCUAAUAGUCCUCCAAACUAGACAUAGAGUAAAUCAUGCUGCAGAGUAUGCUCUGCUCACUAGAUGUCCAUCUCUCCAUUAUAAACCCCUUUCUAAAUACAGACGCACAUGUAUAUUUUAAACGUUUUUAGUGGAAGAUGUCUAAUGAUCACUCAGCCUCAUCAAGAGCUUGCUUUUUGACAGUACUUCUCUCUGUAUAUAAGUGUAUAUGUGUGUAUAUUACCAUUUAUAUGGAGUUUAUGCAAAAAUGGAGUACAAAAAACAAGGUCACUGCUGGAGGACAACCUUGUCAACACACAUUGAAAUAUACAAUUGUUUUCAAGAAAAGAGAUA